AUGAUGGCUGUUCGAUACACAGCUGAAACACUGCUGUUCUUGCGGGAUUCACCGCUAUGUAUAAAACCUCCAAACCUCCCUCCUGCCGAGGAUUGGAUGGGACCCCCACCUGAACCAAACCGUACCCAGAACAAGACGACCGGUGAUCGACCUCGAUCGAAUGACAACCCUCUCCUUGACCAGACCAACCGCCGUCCCGGUGUUGAGAGACAUGUUUCACGGAACAGUGCCAACCCUGAAGAUCUCGUUUUUGCCCCCCCUCGAAUGGCCUUUGCUUCAGCCCGAGGCAACAAAUCUACCGAAAAUGACAAGAGCGCGAAAGACUCUGAUGCUCCAGCCCGUUUCGGCAACUUCCGAAGUCGCAAUGGCGAUUUAGAAAACGAUCGGUUCCGCGAAGGUCGCAACAGCAAUGGCUUCCGUCGCCGUGAUGGAACUGAGGGUGAAUCUGACGGUUGGAGUACGGUGAAGCCUCGCAAGAGUUUUGGCCACGAAGGCGCUGAGCGCUUCCAUGGACGUAUGGGAGGCAACUUCCGUGACGGCGGGCGACAGCCCAGAGACCGCGAUGACCGCGAAGCUACUCGAGAUCGCCCGGCGCGAAACUUUGACUCGUUCUCCCGAGACAAAGAUGGCGACGACAAUGACCGAUCUCGAAACGGACCGAAUCGAAACAAGUCUGAGUCGUGGUACAAGAACGAGCCUAGUACCAACACGAAUGAAACAUCAACCCCUGAUAAGCGGGAGCGCAUAGACCGCGCAAAGAGCUGGAGAGAUCGUGAUACUUCCGCCGAGGUUGCGGAUGAUCGCUCCAAUAACCGCACGCAUGAGAGACGUUGGGGACGUGAUCGAGACCAGCGAGUCGAGCGCGAACCCGAAUGGCUUGAUGAACCUCUUGAGGAGCAUCCUGAAGCCCACACGCAGCAGGAUUUCCAGAAAUGGAUGGAGGAGAUGAAGAAGGCCAAGGCUGGCAUUCCCGCCGCUCCCCCCAAGUCUGCAGCUGUCGAGGCGGCUGAAGCUGUUGUCGAGGCUGAAAAGCCUCCAGUGCAAUCUGCUCCAGCAGUGGAAUCUGGUCCUGACAAGUUCUUUAUGGCCUUUGCGUCCAAUGCUGGUCUCGACACGCCAGGCGCUAACGAGGCCAAGGAGCCCGUCGCCGCCAGCAAGCCCAAGCCGACUGGAAAGUCUUCGAGGUUCACUUCGUUCUUUUCCCAGCCUCAGGAGGAACCUCGAGGAAAGACUGAGCCUCCCACUCCCAUGACUGGACCACCUAUUAAUGGCGGCAUUCCCCUGCCUCUGCCUCUGCCUACUGCCUCGGGCCCAGCCCCUGGACCCGAGGAUGAGCGACAGGCUUUCCAGCAACUCCUUGCGAAGCUGCAGAAGCAGACAAUGAGCGCCACACCCCCCGGUCCUUCACCUUUCGCUGCCCCUCAGGGCACGCCGCCCAAUGCUGGUAGACCGAACCCCAUGGCCUCGCCCGGAUCGCCUUUCCAGCAAUACGGAGGUGACCGCCGAAUGGACGGCCCACCCAUGGGCCGACCUCCGCCCCAACACGUCCAGGAGAUUCUCGCUCCCCGACCGCAGCCGCAGUCUGCUCGUCCCGAUCAGCUCCUCCAGGACCUUGUGGGUCAACGCCAGCGCGCCCCUAGCCAGGGAUCUGGCCGCCCUGACGCCGCCCGCAACAACAACAAUGCCGAGUUCUUGAUGAACCUCAUGAGAGCGCCGCAAGACAUGCAGCGCAACGAACUGUUGAUGCGUAUGGGACCCCAGCCGCAAAAGCCUGGACAGAUGCCUCCUCAGCUCAACGACCGGGAGCCCGACUUCCCUAGGGAUGACCGCGGCCCGCAGCGUAUGCGCCAUCAGCCGCCGCCCGGCUUCCCCAUGGAAGAACGCUUCCACAACCCCCCUGACGCCGAUGGUCGACCCAACCAACCGACCCAGAUCUUGCAACGUCCACCUCCGCCCCCAGGCCUGGACCAGAUGCCACCCAGUUGGAUGCCAGGCGGCGGCCAGAUGCCUCCUCCUCAGCAGCGAGGUCCUAUGAUCCCUCCUCCAGGCUUGGCUGGUGGUCCUGGUGGCCCUGGCCCCAACCGCAACAUGCCCAUGCCUCACAUGUUCCCACCAAACUUCCCUGCCGGCGCGAUGCCACCUCCUCCCGAGGCCAUGGGCGGUAUGCCCCCUCGUAACAUGCCUCCGCCUCCGCCCGGCUUCUUCGCCGGCCCACCUCACGGCUUCCUCCCCCCAGGCCUCGGUGGCUUUAACGGACCUCCUGGACCCGACUUCCCCGGCGGUCCCUUCGAGGGCCGAGGUAUGCCUCCUGCUGGUAACCCCGGCCGCGGCGCCACCUUUGGCAGACCUUAA